GCAGGAAAGACGUUGAGGGGCUGGAGCGUGUCCGGAGAAGGGCAACGGAGCUGGUGAGGGGCCUGGAGCACAAGUCUUGAGAUUUUGAAGAAAGGAACGCAGUUCCUGCAGUUCGAUGAGUUGUGAUGAGACCUCCUCUGCAGAGUCCUGGGAGACCGGCAGGGACACAUGUUGGCUGUAAUCCUUGAACCCAAGAGCUGCCCUUGUGCAGGGAUAUCGGAGGCGGAAUUUGUACAGGUGUGCUUGACAUGGCUAUGCUUUAGCAACUCGCACGGCCACAAGCACCAAAGUACUGAAUACGAGGAAAGUUUGGACUACAACAUGAACUGUGCAUCUGUAUAAGCUCACGUAAGAGAGUGCAACACUAUUCAAGUCAACUUUUGUAAAUGUUGGUUUGAAGAACAGUGUUUUUUUCCCUGCUAAAUCUGAGCUUCAUCAUUCAUGGUAUUCCGCACUGGAGUAAUGGUAUUGGAGCAGUUGCUUUAUAAUAAUGAUGGAAAAGCCACAGUCUAGAGGAAGCAUUCAGAAGCAUUGGUAUUUCUAUGACUGCUUUGGAAUACGUUCAGCACUUAUUUCCUCCUUAUGCAUAUGAAUUUACCCAAGCACAGCAAGGUUUUGUUGCGUGCAUCUGGUUCACUGCUCUGCAUGUGGAAGUUUGUUAUAAUGAAAAACACAGGAAUCUCGACAACAAAAGCCCGGCUGAUGUGUGGGUGAAACUGGCAGAUAACCUGGCUGCUCCGUGAAGCCUGGGUCUCGAUGGCGUGCCCUGUUCCCACUCAUCUGAGCAGCAAGCUCACAAGGGCACACAAGGAUGAUGACAUCUCAGAAUUUGUCAGACCGUAGCUGCUCGCGUCAGGCCGGAGCGGGAGGAUGUCCUGUGUCAUUUUGCUGGUGCAGUUUGAGGGACUGCAGCCAAAAAAAAAAAACCCCAACCGUGUAACACGAAGAACUGAAGACUAAACCGAGCAAGGCUGCAGAUGUUGCUAUGAGGAAAGGAGUCAGCAAUGACUGAUGUGGAGCCUGUGGUCACAGAUUUUGCAGCAUCAGGACGGGCAGGCCGCCGGAACGCUUUACCGGAUAUUCUGGGCUCUCCUGCUGGUGCUGGGACUUCAGAUCUGCCACACAAACUGGCUGAGCUCUCCGUUUCAGAAGAUGAAGGAGCAGAGGGUGGAGAAGUGCCAUCAUCCAAAGCCUUGCUGGAAAGUCAAGAGGCAGAAGGAAAAAGCACUGAUUCCUAACACCUGAGGACUGCUGGAUUAAUGCAACCCAUCGACAGACUUUCCAGUUUCCUGUGUCACCCCUUCUGAAGUGUGGUAGCAACUUUAGCAGCAAAGACAAGAUUUUGCAAGACACUUGUACUUAGAUGACAUUAACGUGGAACUACUGUUUUUUCUACUGUCGUCCUUCAAAACCAAUGUUCUACACAUCCAAAAGGGAAGAGAACUAAAGAACGUAUCUGGUUUUGGGUUUUCCCAUGGUUAUAGUAUUCAUCCUAACUAAUCUUCUCUGGCAGUUUCAAUUAAUAUACCUAGCAGAUGUAUCACCAACUAAUGAUUGCUUCAGAAUAAAAAUCCUGUUUCUUAAUUUCCCAAAAUAGCUUCUUUCUCUGUGACAGAGAGGUGUAUUCACUCUCCCCACCUUAAGAUGAUAUUAAGUAUAUAUUAGAUUACAGACAUUAUCUGUAUUUAUCUCCUGAGAUUUUUGUUCUGAUUAGGCAUA